AAUAAAAAUUUCCCUCUCCAAAACACACCCCGCCUCCCCUCAAGAUCUCUGGUUUCAGAAGCUUAACUCCAGUUUCUCAAUAUCUCUAAUUUCUUAAGUUGUUUUUUUGGCUUUUAAUUCUACAGUUUCCUUCAAAAGGAAAAUCGUUUUUGAGAAAAAAAAAAACUUGCAAGAUCUAGGGUUCUUCAAGAAUCAAAAUUUUUGUGUAAUCGAAAUCAUGGAUCUUCCUCAAGAAACAGAUGGUUACAUAAAAGAGACAAUCGAAGAUUCAUUAGGUCUUCAAAUCUCCACCCAAUCUUUGCAAUUGAAACUCCGUUCCUCCGAAGAAGCCCAGCGUCGCCUCCGUGACCAGUGCCUGUUCCUCCUCUCAAAAUUGAAAGAGAAAGAUCAAAUCAUCGAGCGAUCAAAGGCGGAAGCGAAUAUGAAUGCGGUGGCGUUGAAGAGAUUCGUGGAGGAGAAUCAGAAGCUUGCGGCGGAGUGUGCGAAUUUGUUGACUCAGUGUAACAAAUGGGAAAGAGAGUGUUCGCUUUAUGAUCAUGAUAGGGAGGCGUUGAUGGAUUUUGGGAAUGAGGCUGAUGAGAGGGCCAAGGAAGCUGAGAUUAGGGUCCAUGAAUUGGAAGAGGAGUUGAGCAAGUUAACUGAAGAAUUAAGGUUCUACAAACACCAUUAUGACAGCCAACGGAUUGAUUCAUCUUCUGAGGGCAUGUCUGUGGAAGAGAAUUUGCUUGAGUCAAUUCUGGCAACAUUGAUUUGUAAAGAUGAAGUUAUGUCAGGACGUGCAUUCUUGGAGGCAAAUAAUUCACUUGAAUCAUGUCAAAAGUUGAUUACAAUGUGGCAUAGGUUGAGGCCUUCAACUAAAAAAGUUUUGUCACUAGCUGCUGAAUUAAAGGCCCUUGAGAAAGACAAGGAACAUCUGAGGAUCAACCUUAAUAAAGCUGAAGAGGAGGUCAAAGUUCUAUUUGAAGAAAACAACAUAUUGGAUGAGGAGAACAAAAGAUUAUUGAUGCAAUAUCACAAAGAAAAGAACCUCCAUGGUUCUGGUGGGAAGCAUUCUGGUAGUGCAUCUGCAAAGACAAACAAGCGAAAAUCAAGCCCCAAGACAUGCAGCCCGAUUGAGAAGAAAAUUGACUUUACCGAUCUAGAUUCAGCAAGGAAGCCUCUGUCACCCUUGCGAUAUAACUCCCCCAACUCGAGAAUGCACAAGAAGUGAUGAUAUGAUUUCAUGCAUGAUAGGAUCUAACUUCUUGUCCAUUGGUUGUUCUCUGUAUCAAUGAUGGUGUUAGAAGUGAACUUUACAGAUAGCUUUUCUGAAGCUACGGUGUUUGUAGUUUGUGAGUAAUACCUUAGUUUUCAGGACUGAAAGGAAAAUUCCUUCUCUAAAAGGUAAUUUUCUUUAGCAUUGUCCUGACUAAUCUGAUGUAAUAGAAUAGAUAAUUGCUCAAACUAAUGCAGUAAUGAGAAAUUUUAGCAAUUUUAAAAUUGUUAA